GCGAGCGGUGGGGCGCGGGCCCCGGAUUGAGCCCUCUCCGCCCGGGGUUGCGGCGCGCGCGGGUCUCUUGCAGGCGCGCUGUGAGGAGCAGGCCGAGAACCCGGCACGGCGCCGGGCGCAGGCGGCCUCCUGCAGUGCACUGAGGCCUGCGCGCCGGUCCUCUGGCGUCAGGUCGCUGCGGUCGCCUCCGGCCAUAUCAUGGCCCUGAGGGCCGAAGGCGCCAAGCUCGACUGCUUUGAGGUGACGCUCAAGUGCGAGGAAGACGAGGACGAUGACGAGGCUGUGGUGGUGGCCGUCAUCCCGCGACCAGAGCCGAUGCUUAGAGUGACUCAACAGGAAAAGACCCCACCACCUCGGUCCAGCUUGCUGGAAGCAGGUGGUGAUGGUUGUGAAGAGCCCAAGCCACAGAUGUCUUGGGAGCAGGAAUUCCUGGUGGGGAACAGCCCAGGAGGCAGUGGGCGGGCUCUGUGUAUGGUGUGUGGGGCUGAGAUCCGGUCUCCCUCAGCCGACACUGCUCGCACACACAUACUGGAGCAGCAUCCCCACACCCUGGACCUGAGCCCCUCAGAAAAAAACAACAUCCUAGAAGCCUGGAGUGAAGGGGUGGCCCUUUUGCAAGAUGUCCAUGCUGAACCGCUGUCUCCACCAGCUUCAGAGUCAGGCCGUGACAUUGAACCAGACCCCAGCUCCAACCCUGACCCUCCUGGGACACCAGCAGAGAUUGUGGUCCUACUGGACUCAGAGGAAAACCCAUCCCUUCCUAAAAGGAUUCGGCCCAGGGGCCUCCGCCCCCUCGAGCUUCCUGCUGCCCCUGCCACAGAGCCCGGAAAUAAGAAGCCUCGUGGCCAGAGAUGGAAAGAAACUCUUGGGGAAGAGCCUGUCAGGAAGAAGAGAGGCAGGCCUAUGACUAAAAACCUGGACCCUGAUCCUGACCCUGACCCAGAACCCCUGUCUCCCGACUCACCCACAGAGACAUUCGCAGCACCAGCCGAGGUCCGACACUUCACUGAUGGCAGCUUCCCCCCUGGCUUUGUCCUCCAGCUCUUCUCUCAUACCCAGCUCAGGGGUGCAGAUAGCAAAGACUUGCCUCAAGAGAGCAAAGCAGCAGCAGAAGGCCAAGCCCAAACAGACAGCCCUUCUCCAGCUCCCCCUUCGGGGCUCCGCGGGACACUGGAUCUCCAGGUUAUCCGUGUACGAAUGGAGGAGCCCCCAGCAGUCAGCCUCUUGCAAGACUGGUCCAAGCACCCCCAGGGCAUCAAGGGAGUGGGUGCAGGUGACACCCCAAAGUGGCCUGCAGUUCUCUCAGAAUCCAGCACCACCCUAGGGGGACAACCAGAGGCAGACAGUGGGCUGUAAGUUCUUGCUUUCCUGGGGAGGGAGGGAAGGCAAGAGAGAGGAGGCAGCGUCCCCCUUUGGCUGUAACUCAGAGCUGCUGGCUUGGCCACCUGACAGUUUUAGAACUGGUGUCAAGGCAGGACAGAGGGGUAGGGCACUGGAGAAUGUCUGCCUCAUCAGACGAGAUCUGAGGUAGGCGGGUGGCUGAGGCUGCGUGGUAGGGCAUUGGGCCUGUGGAGAACACCUACCCCAAUCCUUGGCUGAUCCACACCUCUUUGUCCCCCCACACCUCCCACCCUCUCUGAACUCCCCGCUAUUCUCCCCUGGCACAGUGCCUUACACAGAGGUGGUCACGACGGGGUCUGGACUGAGUCCCACUACCUCGGGGGACCCCUCUCCUCCCCCACUUGUUCAGACUCCUAUACCAGGAGCCUCCAUUACCUCUUCCCGCUCCAUCCUGCCGAGAGCUCCAUUCACCUCCAUAUUCUCUUUCACCUGUUUUCCUGUUGUAUAUAUUACCUUUGUUGACAAUAAAUUAUUUUUUUUUAUUAAGAGAGUUCUGUGUGGGCCAUCAUUGGGGGAAGGGGCCUCCUAGAGCCAGCUUGGAAAUAGGAAGCGUACAGGGUAGGCCUGGGUGGGAGUGGACACAGCCUGUCCCAGAGGGUGCAGUAGUGAACACUAGGGCAGGACUCAUCAGGCCAGUCUUGGUGUCACUCACAUAGGGGCCCCACCCCAGAAGUGGGGUCAGAAAAAACACAUUUAAGUCUUGUACCUUCUGACUUUGCCUGCUAGAACUUCUGUCCAAACCAGGCCACUAUGAGAGCCAGGGAUGCUCAUGCCUCAGAAGCUCAGCACUGUUGGGCCCUGCAUAAAGUAUGAUCCUUUCUCACCCAACAAAGCAGAGGCUUGGCACAUGGGUCAUAAAUAGCUAUCCCUUUUUCAGUCUUGUCUUCCCAGCAAAGCUUUUUAUCACCCUGUCCUUCACUUAAUUCUACCCAGACCCUGGCCUGAUACCUCCCACUGUCCAGACUCUAAGAGAGCCCACUUCUGGUCUGUGUUGCAUUUGAUAUCCCCUGAACUAACCUGCCACCAGCCAAAACUGUGUGCAGAUCCUGUCUUCACUGUCUAUUCAGCACCUUGUGCAAGCCCAGUAAGUAGAAGCAAGUACCCACUGCUCCUGAGAAGUGGGUACGCUCAGGGAGAGGGGCAUGGGACUGGGGGGCAGCAAUUCCAUAGAACACUGUCCUGAGCAGUUACAUCAGCCAGGGAGGGUCCAGGGUGGGUGGGGUACACUGUUCUCCAUGAGCUGGUGUCACUGGCAGCUGGAUUUUGGGUCCUCACAGCUGUGUAGUUCUUAGGUACAGUCCUUUGCCCCAUCUAACCUCAGAAGGAGCUUAAGAUUAUGGGGAUGGGUGGAGAAAAGGCAAUGUUCUGGUACUCCCUGCUUCUCUGCCUCGGGAGCUCAGCCCCUGUGGGUGUGCAGGGCCCAGGGAAUAAAUCCUACUGAAAACCCAGCUCUGAAAACACCAGUACUAGUCAUUGCAGAUGAUCUGUGUCAUCCUUUCAAUGAUGUGAUUGUGUUUACUUUUAUGCCAAUGUAUUUUUAAGACAAUAUGACUGCCAAUGGGUAUUUAUACUUGAGAAAAUAUAUAUCAAAAAGCUUGUAAAAUUGUGAUACCAGUUGCACUUUUGCUGCUGUUUUGAUUCGUGGCUUUGCCUCCUAGACUGUGAGCUCCUCCUGGGCAGGGACCAGGCAGCAUUGACUUAAUUUCCUAGCAUC